UUUCCAUUUGACUUCAAAAAAAUGUCUCUCGUCAAUAUUUUAAAUAUCCAAGUUUUAGACAACCCCACAUCAUUUAAAAACCCUUUUCAAUUUGAAAUUACUUUUGAAUGUAACGCCCCUCUUAAAGAUGAUCUUGAAUGGAGAAUGAUUUACGUUGGAGCUGCCGAAAGUUCUGAGUAUGACCAAGUACUUGAUUCUAUUAUGGUUGGCCCUGUUCCUGUAGGCGUUAACAAGUUCGUUUUCUGUGCUGAUGCACCAAAAAUUGAAUUGUUGCCUAUUAAAGACUUGUUGGAAGUAACCGUUGUGUUAUUGAGUUGUCUUUAUAACGAUAAGGAAUUUGUACGUGUUGGCUAUUAUGUGAACAACGAAUACACAGACGAAGUCUUGCGUGAGAACCCUCCUGAGCAAGUCAUCAUAGAUCAGUUACAAAGAAACAUUUUGGCAGAUAAGCCCAAAGUUACAAGAUACACAAUUGAUUGGACCAACCCUGAAAAUACUAUUCCUCAACAAACCGAGCAAUCAGUUGAUCAGGAUAUGAUGGUUCAAUAAACAAACAAACAAACUCUUGAGAAAAAGCUUACAAAAAAUACCAUUUAUAUCAAAAUCUUUCACUAUUAUGUACAAUAAACAAUCUAAAAAAAAAAAAAAA